GGGACAACAGCUUCCCUGCUAAAACCCAACCGCCGACCCUCCCAUUUAAACAACAACAAUAAGGAAGGUCAUACCCCGCUUUUUCUGAGUGUGCUAUUCUUGGUUGAGCUCAGACGGAAUAUUUUGGGGAAUGAGGUGAUUGCGGUGGACUGGAAGGGCCUGAAGGAUGUGGACCAGAUUAACAUGGACAGCACCAGCUCGCUGCACGGAAGCAGCCUCCACCGGCCGUCCACGGAGCAAACCCGAACUGAUUUCUCCUGGGACGGCAUCAAUCUCUCCAUGGAGGACACCACUUCCAUUCUUCCGAAGCUUAAGCGAAACUCUAACGCCUAUGGCAUCGGGGCCCUGGCCAAGUCGUCAUUCUCAGGGAUUUCGAGAAGCAUGAAGGACCAUGUGACGAAGCCCACAGCCAUGGGGCAAGGCCGGGUGGCCCACAUGAUCGAGUGGCAGGGCUGGGGGAAGGCACCAGCCAUUCAGCCGCAACACAGCCACGAGGCCGUACGCAGGGAUACGGAUGCCUACUCGGACCUCAGCGAUGGCGAGAAGGAGGCACGUUUCCUAGCAGGCGUCAUGGAGCAGUUUGCCAUUUCUGAGGCCACACUCAUGGCCUGGUCUUCCAUGGAUGGUGAGGACAUGAGUGUCAACUCUGCCCAGGAGCCAUUGGGCUGCAACUACAGUGACAACUAUCAGGAGUUGAUGGAGAGUCAAGAUGCCCUCACUCAAGCCCCCAUGGAUGGAUGGCCUCACUCCUAUGUGUCCCAGGGCAUGUACUGUCUGGGGUCAUCGGAUGCCUGGGAAGCAAGUGACCAGUCCCUCAUUGCCUCUCCGGCCACCGGAUCCUAUCUUGGCCCUGCUUUUGAUGACUCACAGCCAAGCUUGCAUGAAAUGGGGCCUCCCCAGCCUGCUUCGGGAUACUCCGCUCAGGAGCCUCCACCUUUGCUGGGGGGAGACACUGACUGGGCUCCAGGGGUGGGCGGGGUGGACCUGGCAAGGGGCCCUGCAGAGGAGGAGAAGAGGCCGUUGGCCCCCGAGGAGGAAGACGAUGCCGGAUGCCGGGACCUGGAGUCACUUUCCCCACGAGAAGACCCCGAGAUGUCCACUGCCCUCAGCCGGAAGGUGUCUGACGUCACAUCCUCAGCAGCACCGCUGAGGCCCGGGCAGAAGACGGCGAGGAACCCAGGAGCUGCCAGUCCUCGCCAGGAAAACGGAGGGCCGGGCUGGGACUCCAUCCAGGCCUGUGCUGUAGGAACCACAGGCCCGGGGCCUGAGGCCCAGGCAACCAGAUGGCCGUGAACUUGACUUGGCUGCGGGCUUCUGGGUCUGUGAUGGUGAGGCUCCAGUUUGUAUCCUGGGGACAGGAGCCACCGACUAGAUCUGUUUUUCGCUCCCUGACUCGUCUUCCAGGAGCCUGGACUGUGGCCGCCUGAACACCUCCUUUCUCAUGUCACUCUCGCUUUUUCCGACUCUGUGUUUUCUCUGCCUGUGGUCCCAGCUUGACCCUACCGUGAAGAACAGACCUCAGGGGCUGCCGGGCGAGGCUUGAUGGGAGUGGGGGAGCCUGUCUCCUCGGUGGAUGGACAGUCUGCCCCCAGGGGGUAGCUUGGCUUCUGAGAUCAGGAGUCACGGGGUGGGGGGUGGGGAGUCGUGGCAGCCUGGGGGCACCAGGGCACAAACAGGAUUCUUUCUAUAAAGCCCACCCAGAGACCAGAGAGUCACUGACGGGACCAAGGGCAAACAGGGCCACCUGUUCUGGGAUCUUGAAUAUCCCGAGACUGACGGGUGGGUCCUAAGGGUCUGGGAAAGGACCCAGCGGGCUGGCUGCUCCAGCUCUUGCUUCCUUCGUCUGCCUUCUACCAUCCCCUGCCCCAGGAGCCCCGCCCAGGGCGGGUGACAGAGUGCAGAUGUCCUGCCAGGCGGGGAAGCGUGAGGACUAUGCCUCCCUCCAUCCACCCCCAAAUUCUCUGGAGCUGUUUACACUUUUCUCUUUGCCUUUUCUACAUUUUUAUAACUUCUUGGGGACUCAGGUUGAGCGCGGUGGAGGGAGGAGCCUGGUGCUGUCAGGCCCCGCCCGGUGGGUGGUUUGCUGAGAAGUGAGGGCGCUCAGCUCCCUGCAGCUCCUCCCGGCUCCUGCCGAGAGGGCAGCGAGCCUUCUUCCUCCCAGGGCUGGCGGACAGUGAGCAGAAGCCCCUGAAACUCUUGCCCUCCCACCCCCCGUCCCCACCUCAGUGGGGACUUCAGUCUGCAGCACACGAUGCCCCACACUUCUGUGAGCGAUCCUGACGGCAGGGCCAGGCUGGAGCGAAGGAGUGGCUGCUGGGGCACACAGUAGGACCCCAUUCCCUAGCCCCUGGCAGAGGGGGAAUCUGGGCAGGACGGAGAAGCUAAGAGGUCCAUUGCCUCCCUUUCCUCUUUCCUCUUCUAAGGCUCCAGCCCCGAGGCCUCAUGUCCUACCCAAACUUUGUCAGGGGUCCUAUUGCUUUUGCCCUUUACCAGGAAGGGAGCACUGUCACCUCUCUCAGACCCUGGGCACAAACUACCCCAUCCCCACCCUCAUCUCCCAAUGUCUCUUUCUUUGGAAUGAGGAGGUUGAGAGUUGGGGGGGGUCCCAUGUCUUCGGGGGAGGGGAGGAAACCUCAAGUACGCCUGGUGGUGAGCACAGGUGGGGGAAGAGUUGCUUACCUCGUCUAAGACUGUUGCUUGUGUUUGACCAUGUGACCUGACUCCGGAGGCCCCAGGACCUUGAGCCCGGGAGCUCUGGGCAGUGGCCUUGUGCCCUCACCCUGCACUCCUGCGGCAGGUCUUGGGGUUUUGCAUGCUCACGGUCCCCUCCUCCCAGGGGGCCCCUGUUACCUCGCCUUGUGCAGCCUGCUCUCCAGACGCAUCAUCUCCUAGUCUCACCCUCUUCCUGCCCCCUGUUCUGCCCCCAGACCGCAGUGGACGCCCACUCGCGGGAGUGGGCACAUUCAUUCCAGUUCCUUUUCGCUCAGGGCCCUGGGGAGCUAGGGAAGGUAGACGGAAGCAGCGCUCUUGCCUCCCUCCCUACCUCGAGGAAGCCUUUCGGUCCCUGCCGAAAGAUGACUGAAUUGCCAAGGAAUCUAGCGGAUUUCAGACUCCAGCGGGGCCCAGGACCCUGUGCUGGCGGCUGGCACAUGCGCAGACCAGAGGUCGGCUGGGGGUCUGUAUUUGCAAGGAGCUUCCCUCCCACUUUGAAGAGGGAGAAGACCUGGGGGGCUGGCCUGGGACCCUCUUCUGGAGGGAGGAACUGCCUCUAUGGUGCUGGGGGCAGGGUGCAUGGGGUUUGCUUAUAGCCUAUUUGGGGGGAGGGGAGGGGCAUGUGCUGGAAGAGGCUGUUGGGGGUGAGGGAGGGUUGCUUUUCCUCCGGGGUUCAAGGCUGUGCAGCACGAUUUCCAACAGUCCUGGAACAGGGCUGUUUUUAUAUUAUUGUGAAUGAAACUGCUCUUGCUAAAUGAUUUUCUUUUGGUGGGGGGUGCACUUUUAUUUUCAAUUCAUCUUAUGAAAGGAAAACCCAAAUCUUCCAUUCCUCCCCUUCCUUCUUAUCCUUGUGUGAAGGAGGGAAUUUUGGUGAGUGUGUUUUUGACCUUUCCCCGGCCCCCAUUCAUACAGCCCAGCCCCCUUCGUCUUCCAGGUCUGGGGAGUAUCCAUUGUUGUGCCAGUCUUAGCAUGUUUUCUUAAUGUGACAUCCCCACCCCAGGCCCAAGAGAGAUUCUAUGACAUAUACUACAGAGAGAAUUAUAUAUAAAUAUAUAUAAAUAUUAUAGAUUAUAUACACGUGGGCAUUGGGCUUGAGUGCCCACUGCCAGCCCCCUUCCUAGGCUACAGCCCCUCUCUUGGCCUGGGGAGGGGGCAGGGAUGUGACGCUGGAGAGGGCUCCAGGCUGUGUUCAUUGGCACUAAACAGAACGUGGUGGCA